CUAGAUACGCGGACAAUGAAAUUCAGCAUCUCACAGCAAAAGUCCUCAGAUUCUCAGCUGUUGACUGCAGAGGAGAGGAACCAAAUUCUACUUGACCUUAAGAAAGCAGGAUGGUCAGAAUUAAGUGAGAGAGAUGCCAUCUACAAAGAAUUCUCCUUCAAAAAUUUUAAUCAGGCUUUUGGCUUUAUGUCCCGAGUUGCCCUACAAGCAGAGAAGAUAAAUCAUCACCCGGAAUGGUUCAAUGUAUACAACAAGGUCCAAAUAACUCUCACAUCACACGACUAUGGUGGACUGACCAGAAGAGAUGUGCAGCUGGCGAGAUUUAUUGAAAAAGCAUCUGUUUCUGUGUGAUUUUUUUUCCAAAAUGCAUGUAAAAUCUUAUACCUAUUUUAGCUGCAAUAUAUUUUGAAGGCACCUUGCAUCAACAAGUCACACUGUAAAUUAGUUCACUUUUAUGCAUUUGUAUAAUCAGUGCUUAAAUACAAAAUGAUUUAAACCUGAACCUGAGGUAUUUUUCAUUACAUUACAUAUUCACUUAUAUAAGAUAAACCAACCCCACUAAUUAUAUUAAUAUUUAAAAAGAGAAACGGCAUUAAGAAAUUGGAGUGGGAGAUAUUCAUACACUUUAUAGUAAUUCAAAAUCAUGGCUUUAAAUAUAUGUUGUGUUGGAGACUAGUUGUAUAAAAAGAAUUAUGCUGUGCAGAUAAUGGCUUUUUAACCUUAUAUAACAGUUAUUAUGAGGCUGAAGUUAAUUUGCUAUUGUUGCUUCUUAAAUAGAUACUAAAAUCACAUAAAUUGGUGAGUGGUCUUGGUGUGUUUCAUCUUUACUUUUUAGACAAGGAGUUGAAAGAAAGGACGAGUAUCUCAUCUGUAGCUUCCAGUAAGAUGUAGCAAUGCAAGAACUCAUUGUCAUAACUCACCAGGCCAUUAUGAGACUUAACAAUUUAAAGAAAGACUGAGGGUCAUUUUUAUUUUCAUCAUUCACAUGUUGUGAUCCUUGAACUGAGGGCCUACAGCCUUCAGAUUUAACAUGUUUAUGAUGGGGCCAUAAUUCGCAUGUCUCACAGGUGGGUGCUCUGAGCCACUGGUGGUAGAUGCAUGUCCUAUUGGGCAGCAUGGGGCAGUCCCUUUGGGUAGUGCAAGUCAUCUGAUAGGACAGUCAUGCAGGUACCACUGGUGGUUCAAGCUGAUAGGAAUGUCUUAAUGAGGAUUGUUUUGUCAGAUAGUUUGCUUCAGAGGCCAGAAGGAUCAUUGUGUUACAGCAAGCAACACUUUGCUUCCCAUUCUUACCCCUACCCCAGAUCUGAGAAACCACGACAAAGAGAUUGCUCUGUGAAGCCAGUUUCUGGCUAGUUCUGUUAGCUGGAGAGAGGCAGCUUUGGUGGACUUGCCCUAUGAUGGGGGCAAGGGAGAUGAGGGUUAUCCAGGCUUUAUAGCCACCAGGGGACUGAGAGCCUUAACAUUGAAACUUUGUUUCUUAGAAGUCUUUUCCCUUGUAUUUUUGUUGUUGUUGUUUUGGGUUUUUUUUUGUUGU